CUGGACGUUGGUAUGGUGUAUGGCGGUGGUCAGGAUGCUGGUAUGGGGUAUGGCGGCGAUCAGGAUGCUGGUAUAGGGUAUGACGGUGAUCAGGAUGCUGAGAAGGGGUAUGGCGGUGAUCAGAAUGCUGGUAUGGGGUAUGACGGUGGUCAGGAUGCUGGUAUAGGGGUGUGACGGUGAUCAGGAUGCUGGUAUGGGGUAUGGCAGUGGUCAGGAUGCUGGUAUGGGGUAUGGCGGUUAUCAGGAUGUUGGUAUGGGGUGAUCAGGAUUCUGAUAUGGGGCAUGGCUGUGAUCAAAAUACUGGUAUGGGGUAUGGCUGUGAUCAGGACACUGGUAUGGUGUAUGACAGUGAUCAGGGUGCUGAUAUGGCGCGUGGAAGUAGUCAGUGUGCUGGUAUGGUGUAUGGGGUGAUCAGGAUGCUUGUAUGGGGUAUGGCUGUGAUCAGGAUGCUGGUAUAGGGUAUGGCUGUGAUCAGUAUGCUGGUAUGGGGUAUGGCUGUGAUCAGGACACUGGUAUGGUGUAUGGCAGUGAUCACGGUGCUGGUAUGGGGUAUGAAGGUGAU